GGAGAAGAGGAGACAGUCAGACCGCUGCCUGCUCCUGGAGAGAGAGAGAGAGAGAGAGAGAGAGAGAGAGAGAGAGAGAGAGAGAGAGAGAGAGAGAGAGAGAGAGAGAGAGAGGACAGAGACGCUUAGAUGGCUGGAGGGGGGAGGAAGAGAGAGUCAGACCGCUGCCUGCUCCUGGAGGGAUAGAGAGAGAGAGGAGACGGUUAGACUGCCGGCUCCCUGUGAGAGAGAGGAGACCCUGUCAGGGGGAUGGCUCCACCACAGAACGGACAUUUAGCACCACCACUACUACCAGCACCUCGAGGAGCAUAGGAUAACUCAGGCUAUUAAGUACUCAGACACUGGACCACUGGAGUACCCAGACACUGGACCACUGGAGUACCCAGACACUGGACCACUGGAGUACCCAGACACUGGACCACUGGAGUACCCAGACACUGGACCACUGGAGUACCCAGACACUGGACCACUGGAGUACCCAGACACUGGACCACUGGAGUACCCAGACACUGGACCACUGGAGUACCCAGACACUGGACCACUGGAGUACCCAGACACUGGACCACUGGAGUACCCAGACACUGGACCACUGGAGUACCCAGACACUGGACCACUGAGCCACUGGACCACUGGAAUACCCAGACACUGGACCACUGGAGUACCCAGACACUGGAACACUGGAGUACCCCGACACUGGACCACUGGAGUACCCAGACACUGGACCUACUGCAGGGAAGAGCAUGCGUCCAUGAUGAGUGUUCCUCGACCUGACCCGGAUGAGAUGCCCCCCUCCACCGUCACCCCUGUCACCACCCCCACCCUGAGCCCGACCCCACCAAUCACAGACGAGCUGGAGUGUAAGAUCUGUUACCAGCGUUACAAUGGCCACAACCGCAGGCCCAAGAUCCUGGACUGCCUCCACCGGGUGUGCGCCCGCUGCCUCAACAAGAUCCUGGACACGGGGGACUUCUUGGGCUGCAUUUCCUGCCCCUUCUGCCGACACGAAACAGAGGUCAGCGAAUACGAGGUGUCGGGCCUCCCCGACGACUCCAACGUCAUAUCCUGCCUGGCUGUCAGGGAUAAGUCCUGGAGCUCCGACCAAGAGGUGACCCUCACCCCCGAGAGCCUGUCCUCCACCUCCCCCUCGCACCACUCCUCCAACUGCCUGGUGAUCACUAUCAUGGAGGUUCAGCGGGACACGGGGCCCGGGGGCCUGGGCAGCUCAGACCACUACACAGAGCACAGCCUGGACUCUAUCUCCGUGGGCUCCAACGGGCAGGAGGUUCAGGAAGCCCUGUCCAAGAUGUGUUCGCACGUCCCCCGGAUCCUGGUGUGGCUCCUGGGGCUGUUCUACUUCGGGUCCCUGCCCCUGGGCAUCUACCUGCUGGUGAUCCAGAGGGUGACGCUGGGCAUAGUCUGUGUGAGCCUGGUACCGUCCAGUCUGACUGUGUGUCUGGUCUAUGGCUUCUGCCAGUGUCUCUGCCAGGGCAUGUGUGACUGCUCGUCUAGGGGCUGACUGACUGAGUCAACAGGGUACUGACUGAUGCUGGGUUGGAGGGAAAAUACUGGACUGUUGGAAUCAACAUGGUGUCCUUUACUGCCCCAAUCUAACGACCAGCCGGGUUGGAGGGAGGGAAAAUACUGGACUGUUGGAAUCAACAUGGUGUCCUUUACUGUC